AUGAUUGAACAAACGAGAGGAGGAAUGCAACAGUAUUCUGGUCCAGCACCAUCUCAAUCUUCUCUGUCAUUUCCAGGACAACAAAGCUAUAUGUCACCAUCACAGAUUCAAAAUGGACCAUUGUCGAUGGCACCGCCGAUACAACAACAGCAUCCACCAAUAAUGGAUAUGUCAUCUCUAUCAGGCGCUUUGCCUUCAUCACAAAAUAUAAGAGCUCCGAUGCCAAGCCAUCUGGGUCCACCAUCAACUUUAAUGCCUGGAAAUUUGCAACAACAAAGUCCUCCUCCUUCCUUCCCUCCUUAUCAGCAACAACCGACAUUUCAAGACCAAGUAAAUCCAUCCGUGCCAUACCAAAAUCAAGCUCCACCACAACUUCAACCAAAGUUUCCAACUCAGCCGCUACAAAAUCUCUCUGGACCAUCACUAACUAGUUACCCUCCUCAACAGCAAUCCUUUCAACAACCGCAAAUGCCUCAACAGCAGGCCUUUCAACAACCGCAAAUGCCUCAACAGCAGGCCUUUCAACAACCGCAAAUGCCUCAAUUUCAAAAUCCGCAAAUUCAAGGAAAUCUUUCUGGACCUGUCGGUUAUUCUCAGCAACGACGAUUACCGUCACCAUCGAUGCCACCUAUUGUAACUCAGCCGAAUUCAAGCGGUUAUCCGCAACCGCCGCCUUCUAUGCCACCAUUUCCAAACCAGCAACAAAAUCUUUCUGGACCAGCAUACUCCCAGCAACAACAGCAACAACAGCAACAAUUUCUGCCAGGAAUGGCACAACCGUUUCCGAGCCAAACAAAUUUGACGGGUCCAUCAAUGCCUGACAUGCAACAACAAAAUGGACCUACAAACUAUUCGAGUCAGCCAUCUGCUGGACCUCAAUUUCAGCAGUCUCAGCAACGUAUCGAUCCUGAUAUGAUUCCGAACGUUGUUCAAGUACUCGAGCAAAUGCAAGAAAAAAUUCAAGAACCAUUUACUACAAAUACGCCAGGAAUGCUACCUCCAUUAGUUGCGACAAAUUUUGUUUGCCAAGAUCAAGGUAGUUGCAAUCCACGUUUUAUCCGUGCAACAACAUAUAGUGUUCCAAAUUCUACAGAUAUCAUUAAGCAUUCACAUGUACCAGUUGCAUUAGCUAUUUCCCCCUUAGCCAGUUUGCGAUCAGAUGAGCUUGAACCUCCUGUAACAAAUUUUGGAGAUAUUGGUCCCGUUCGUUGUCAUCGAUGCAAAGCUUAUAUGUGUUCAUUUAUGCAAUUUAUUGAUGGUGGAAAACGUUUUAUCUGUGCGUUUUGUAACCAGUGCACCGAUGUUGGAACGGAAUAUUUUAAUCAUUUGGAUCAUAGUGGACGACGGGUUGAUUGGUAUCAAAGACCAGAAUUAUGUCUUGGUUCAUAUGAAAUAUUAGCCACAAAACAAUAUUGCAAGAAUGAAAAAUGGCCGGAACCACCCGCAUUCAUAUUUAUGAUUGAUGUAUCAUAUAAUAGUGUACGGAGUGGUUUACUACAUUUUAUUUGUCAAAUAUUGAAAGAUGAACUAUUGAAUUAUUUACCAAAAGAUAAAAAUGCUGAAAACUCAACAGUUAAAGUUGGAUUUGCUACAUUCGAUAAACAAUUACAUUUUUACAAUAUUAAAAACACAUUAGGUCAACCACAAAUGAUGAUUGUAUCAGAUUUAGAAGAUAUAUUUAUGCCACUAUUAGAUGGCUUUCUUGUAUUACCAAACGAGUCACGUACUGUCAUCAACAGUUUACUAGAUCAAAUACCUCAAACAUUUGCUCAUACACAAGAAACAGAAACCAUAUUAGGACCAGUUAUACAAGCUGGAAUUCACGCGUUAAAAGAUGCUGGCUGUGUCGGCAAAAUAUACGUAUUUUCUACGACCUUACCGAUCGCUGUUGCUCCUGGAAAAUUGACGAAUCGUGAUGAUAAAAAGCUAUUGGGCACCGAUAAAGAGAAGACAAUUUUAGCUCCUGCAAACAAUUUUUAUACAAAAUUAGGCGAAGAAUGUGCACAAAAUGGAUGCGCAGUUGAUUUAUUUGUAUUUCCAAAUAGUUAUCUUGAUUUGGCUACUGUUGGUGAAGUUGAAAAUGAUGGUGAAAGAUUAUUAGAUGAAUUAAAACGAAAUUUUCAACGUACAACAGUGUUUGAUGCGUUGAUGCGUGUUCGAACUAGUACAGGAAUUCGGCCAAUUGAUUUUCUUGGAAAUUUUUAUAUGACUAAUGCAACGGAAAUGGUUUUUGGUUCUAUUGAUUCUGAUAAAUCUGUAUGUGUCGAAUUAAAACAUGAUGAUAAACUUCCAACAGAAGCAAAUACAUAUGUUCAAGUAGCAUUAUUAUAUACGAGUAUAUCUGGACAGAGACGAUUACGUAUCUUAACGUUGGGAUUAACUGUUACAGCGACCUACACAUCAUUAUAUCCGGCGUGCGAUUUGGAUGCAAUAAUGAAUUAUACUACAAAAGUUGCAAUACGAUCAGUUACAAUGUCAACAGCUAAAAGUAUUCGGGAUAAUAUAAUUACUCAAGCCGCGAAUAUGUUAGCAUGUUAUAGAAAAAAUUGUGCACAAUCAACAACAGCUGGACAGUUAAUAUUACCUGAAACAUUAAAACUUUUACCAGUUUAUGUAACAUCAUUAAUCAAAUGUGAUGCACUAAUUGGCAGUCAAACAGUAACGACAGACGAUCGAAGUUGGCUCAUGCAUAGAAUAAUGUUUAUGGAUGUUAAAUCAACAUUUGGCUAUUUAUAUCCAAGAAUAUUUGCAUUACAUGAUACUGAAGACGAUACAAUACCACCAAUGAUUCGAUGCUCAUAUGAUCGAUUUUCAGAAACGGGUGCUUAUGUACUUGAAAAUGGUUUAGUAAUGUAUAUAUGGCUCGGUAGUCGAAUAAAUCCAACAUUUAUCCAAUGUGUAUUUGGUGUUCAAACAGCCGCUCAAGUUGAAGCAGAAAAAUGUAAAAUACUUGAUCUCGAUAAUCCAAUAUCAAAAAGUGUUCGAAAUACGUUAAAUUAUAUCAGAAAUGAUAGAAAUUGUCAUCUUAAACAAUUUGUUGUUCAUCAACGUGAUUCAAUCGAACCAUUUUUUAAAAAUUAUUUAAUCGAAGAUAAAGGUUUUACUAAUGGUGCAUCAUAUGUCGAUUUUCUUUAUCAUUUACAUCGAGAAAUUCGAAAUAUUUUACAAUGA